AUGACCGCCAGCAUGGCUGACCCAAGCCGCCUCCUCCACAAUGCCAGCUCCUGCCUUCCUCACUCCCCACCCCCAGUCAGUGUGACCCUCUCUCUGUUCUACACAGCCCUCUUGGUCUUCAGUGCUCUGGGAAACAUCCUUGCCCUACGCCUUGCCUGUCAAAAGGGCAAGAAGAUCAACUCAACGGGCGUCUACUUGGUCCAGCUGGCAGUGUCUGACCUCCUGUUCACGCUGGCCCUGCCUGGAAGGAUCACUUACUACCCGCUGGACUUCAGCUGGCCUUUUGGUGAAGGGAUCUGCCGGCUGACGGUGCUCAUCCUCUACGUGAACACCUACGGGGGGGUCUACCUCAUGACGUGCGUGAGCGUGGACCGUUACCUGGCUGUGGUCUGCACCCACCGGGGCCCCCAGCUCCGCGACGCUGGCCGAGCGCGGCUCGUCGGUGUGGCUCUCUGGGCCCUGGCGUCGCUGCAGACGGCACCCCUGCUCUUCAUCCCCCUCACCAUGCCCCUCAUGAACAUGAACGGUGGCACUGACCCCAUCAUUUACUUCUUUGCUUCCACACGGUACAGGAAAUGGCUCCUCAGCUUCUUAAAACUCAGAGCGUCAGCGUCUUCCUCCUCCCCCACCCAGGGAAAAGCUUCCUCAGAAACACAGAGUAUCAACCAGGCUGGGGGCUCAGUGCCCUUAGAAGAGAAUACGGUGUAAUGACUCACCGGCUUUGAGACUUUAUCUAGGGAGGGGGGCAGGACUGGGGGCCUGAAGCUUAUAUAAUUUGAGGGGUGGGUUCUUUAAGAAAAAGAAUACAGGGGAAUAAAUGCAAAAUUAGGUACAGAGUCUUGGGUGGUUAAGUGGGGG